AUGUCUGAGGACUCUGAGCUUCCAUGGUUUGCUCGUCUGGUUAACCAUGUUCUUACGCCCGGAUCUGCCUUGUCGCCCACAGUCUGGAUAGCGUUCAAUGUUGUGAUGUUCGCACUAUUCUUCUCUUGGAUGAUGAUAGUCAUUGCCAUGCCGGAUAACAUUCACGUGUGGGCGUUUGGUUUCCUUGGAGCUGGUUUAGCCUUCUCUACGAACUGGUUUUUUAAGGAGCUUUUCGGUCGCGGACUUGAUACCGAGAUAGAAAAGAAAGAUACUGUCUCAGACCAUUCGGAGUUACAUACCAAAAAGGAAAACUGA